UAGGCAGCAGUUGCCCACCGGUCUUCAAAAACAUAAUAAUAAAUUGAACUGGCAACGUACGGCCCGCCAGCGACAACUGAUUGUCUGUUGGUUUUAAAUUAUUAUUUUUUAAUUCCCUAAUAUCAUUUGCAAAAUUUUGAAGUUUCCACUCUCUUGUUAUUCCUAAACAAGUUCCCCUACAUAUUUAAUUCAUCAACACAAUGGAUGGAGACGUGACGAACUGUUUGCGAAUUGGGCAGAAUGUCAACAUUCAACGCACAGAUGGACGUAUUCACUCAGCUGUGAUUAGUGGAAUAAAUACUGUUAAUCGGAGCUUGACUGUGGAAUGGUUUGAAAGUGGAGAAACUAAGGGAAAAGAGAUUGAAUUCAGUGCAAUUUUCAACUUGAAUCCUGAUCUUUUCUCUAAUGAUUCUACAAAGAACACAUCCAAUACAAUCAAUUCAGUACGAAAGAUAAAUCGUCAGACUGUGUUCACACCUAAUAAAGGGAAUGAAGUAUUGCGUACAGAUGUUAAGAAGCUCAACCGGAAUAACACUACAGGUUCUUCCCUGCCCAUGCGAGCAAACCACAAAAAGAAUGUACAAUCAGAAAAUACUCAUUUGGAAAUCAAAUAUCCUCCACCUCCUACUUCAGCUAAUCCUACGGUAAAUUCUGGAGGACCUUUGCAACCAAUACAGAAGACAGCAAAUGCUAAUACAACUCAGCAGCAAGCUGCCUCCCGACGCUGUUCUAAUGUUGUUAAGGAAGUUGAUAAAAUCAAAAAGCAACGUGAAGAGAGACGAGCAAGGCAAGCUGAGAAGAAAGCUGAGCAACAAGGGGAUCCAGGAAAUCCAAAUUGGGAGUUCAUGAGCAUGAUUAGAGAAUAUGUCAGCCAACUUGAAUAUAAACCUAUUAAUAUAACUGAUGCAAUUCAUCCUCUUCAAAUUUGUGUUGCAGUCAGGAAAAGGCCCAUGAACAAAAAAGAAACAAUGAGGAAAGAAGUGGAUGUGAUAACUGUUCCUAACAAAGAACAUAUCGUAGUUCAUGAACCUAAAAAUAAAGUAGAUUUAACAAAAUAUCUAGAAAAUCAAUUAUUUAGAUUUGAUUAUGCAUUUGAUGAAAAUGCUGAUAAUGAAAUUGUAUAUAGGUUUACAGCUAGGCCUUUAGUUCAGACUUUAUUUGAAGGAGGUAUGGCUACCUGCUUUGCAUAUGGUCAAACUGGCAGUGGGAAAACCCAUACAAUGGCUGGUGAUUUCAUCAGCAAAUCUUCUCAAGAUUGCAGCAAAGGCAUUUAUGCAUUAUCAACACGAGAAGUGUUUACUCUUCUAAAUAGUCCACAAUAUAGGCAUGAAGGUUUUACAGUUUGUUGCAGUUUCUUUGAAAUAUAUAGCGGUAAGGUAUUCGACUUAUUGAAUAGCAAAUCAAAAUUACGGGUUUUGGAAGAUGGCAAACAGCAAGUUCAGAUUGUGGGUUUGCGAGAAAAGGAAGUCCAUACUGUGGAAAGCGUUCUGGAACUCAUUCAGCAUGGAAAUAAUGUGAGGACUUCAGGACAGACAUCAGCGAAUCAGCAUUCUUCACGAUCACAUGCUGUGUUCCAAAUCAUAUUAAAAAAACCAAAUGGACGCUUGCAUGGCAAGUUUUCCUUGAUUGAUCUUGCAGGAAAUGAGCGUGGUGCUGAUACGUCCAGUGCAAACAGACAAACUCGAAUGGAAGGAGCUGAAAUCAACAAAAGUCUGUUGGCAUUGAAGGAAUGCAUCAGGGCUUUGGGAAGAAAAGGUGCACAUCUUCCAUUCCGAGCAAGUAAACUCACACAAGUACUCAAAGAUUCCUUCAUUGGUGAGAACUCAAGAACUUGUAUGAUUGCAAUGAUAUCUCCUGGAAUGAAUUCUUGUGAACAUUCCUUAAAUACUUUACGUUAUGCUGAUAGGGUGAAAGAAUUGGGUGUUGAAAAUCCUGAAUUGAAGUCAGCAGGUGGUGAGGAACAAAAUGAUCAAAAUAAUGAUUUAGCUCUUUUGUGCUCUUCUAAUGAAGGUGAACUCUCUGCUGAUCUCUAUUCAUUUCAUGAAGCUAUUUCACACGUCCAAGAGUUGGAGGAAGAAGUCCUUGAUUCUCAUAAAGCUGUGAUAGAAGCCUCAGAAAAAUGGUUUAACAGAGACAAUAUAUUGCUUGCUAUGUCUAAUGAUGUCGACUAUGAUGUUGACUCUUAUGCACAACAAUUAGAAGCUUUAAUAGCUGAAAAAAUUGAUGUACUUGCUAGGCUAGGUGAGAAGGUGUCCAUCUUUCGUCAGCAACUUGCUGAAGAAGAGAAAAUCAGUAAGACUAUGAAGAAAAAGUGAAUGCUAUCUAUAAAUGGAACUUUCUCAUUGGUUUAACUGUACAGAAAAAAAAAAGCUUGGGCUCCAAUCUUUGCACUUAUAGGUUUGUAGGUAAUGGCCUACCUCAGCCUAGUCAAUUCUGUGCCUCUCUUGUAUAUACAUCUGCUGUGUAUGUACAUAACUCUUUUGACUUACUAAGUAAUUGAAGCCUAUGUAGAGUACCUUACUGUCCACUCAAAGAAAUCUUCACUUUGGGGAAAAGAACUUUUUAAAUGUUUUAUUAAACACUAAUUUUUUACGAUUAUUUUUACUUUUUAUUCUACAUGUUUACAUUUUGUUGUGUAUAUAGCAGCAAAGUAUAUGAGGAAUGAAAGUUUUCCUAAGACUCUAGUGAUAUAUUGCCUGUGUGUUUGUUCUAACCAGUCUGUUGGGCUACAAGAAUAUUGUGAACUUUUAAGUUGUUUUAUAUUAGUGCUUUAUUGCAUGUUUUUUGUAACAGAAAAAAAAAAAAAAAAUACUCUGGAUAUUUUUCUUUUUAUUUUUCAAAAGUGUUUCAACUUCAUGUGUGUUGUGAAUAUUUUGUUCUUCCAUCCAGAAAAUAUAUGAAAUGUUAUACAAAUUGUGUUUAUUCCAAAUUAUUCUCAAGUAAUAUUAUUCUGAGCUUUUUUAAAGGAAACUCAAAUGGGAAUUAAUAAAACAAUGUUUAAUCUUUUAUAAGUGACAAUUAAAUUAUAUAUUGUGUUAACUUUCAUUUUGCUUUGUUCAUGUGUUUCAUUAACUCAAUUAAUAAAUGAUUCUACUAAUUGAGUAAAAAAUAAUUUAUUUUGAACAAAUUUUUGUUAUUUAAGUGUACUAUCUUUUAUUUGUCUUAAUUAUAAUUAAGAGUGCCAAUUCCAUCUCUAAAUACUUCAGUCUUGGCUUUUGGAAUACUUAAAUGCUAAUACAAGACUUAUCUGAAAAAAAAA